UGCUUCUGAAGAGUGCAGACGCUUUCCUGCUUGCUCCAGCCUGCUUCCUUCUUUACUCUGCUUUUUAAUCGUUUUACUCCUUCUACAAAUCCUGGAAAAUCUCUAUAUCCAUCAUUUCAUGAAUUAUUUUAAGUAAACCAAGACUCUGAAGAACAUUUUUAUAUUUUUAACCGAUCUGACGAGCCAGCAGCAUGUCCGGGGGAAGAAACCAAACAAAUUCCUUCUGUGAACGCUGUCGGAGAUAUCAACAAGAAAUUAAUGAGCUACAAGCACGGAUUUUUGCUUUAGAAUCUGAAAAAGGACUUCACAAGACGCUCCCAGUGACAUCCGGUGGUAAGAAGCCCACAGUUACUUUCAGUAAAAAGGGUGAAAAACCUGCUACUUUCAUCUUAAACCUGAGUGAUACUGUGUCUUUUCCAAAAUUCUGUAAAGACCAAAAUGCCUCAUCCUGGAGAGAACUUGGUGCUAAGCCAAAGCAGCACAAAGUGAUGAGAGACAAUGUUAAUACCUACGUAACAUCACCCAAAAUACAGCUUACAAACAGAUUUUUGCCACUGUCAGAGACUGAAUUUAAUGUUUCUAACGAACAAAGAGAAAAUGGAUUAUCUUCACGAAACUGGAGCCAUAAAGUCGGCAAAAGACAGCAGGCAGACAGACAAUCUGGACCAAACGUCAAGGUCAGAGAUACGCUGCUGAUAGGAGACGGUGCUAUCAGUGGCAUAAACCACGGAAGAAUUCAAACAUGCUGCUGUCCCAGUGCCACUGUCUCUGAGAUAACAACACUCCUCCCAAAAGUUUUGUCUACACACCGAGGAGUCAAACAGCUGAUCGUGCACGUGGGUGCAGUGGACAUCAGAAAGGAACAGACUGAAGUCUUGAAAAGGGAUUUCACUAAGUUCUUCAAGGAGCUUGAUAAAGUGGAGGUCAAGGCAUUCAUUAGUGGACCUCUUCCAAACAUAGACAGGAAGAUAAACAAGUUCAGCCGGCUGCUUCAGCUGAACACAUGGCUGUCCAAAGAGUGUGCGCACAGAGGAUUGCACUACAUUGAGAACUUUUAUCUGUUCUGGAAACGAGAGGACCUGUUCAAGGGAAAGGGCCCACACCUGUGCAGAGGUGGGAGGAGAGUGCUGACGGAACACCUCCUCCACGCUCUGAGGCAUCAGAAUGGGCCGGGACAGGGUCCUGAGCGACCAGUGAGAGAAAAGAGGAACGAGAGAAGCAUCUCUGUCGCAGAAGCCAGAGACCGAGCCAGUGUUUCAGCACCAGCUGCACCACAACAGCCUCCACCGCCCCCAGCGAAGGAUUCAGCUCCAGCACCACAACAGCCUCCACUGCCCCCAGUGAAGGAUUCAGGCCCGCCAUCGGUUCCACCUCCCCCCGGGCCCUCAUCACAGGCCUUGGACUCGUCUGUGACGGCCCCAGCGAAGGUUUCAGGCCCGCCAUCGGUUUCACCUCCCCCCGGGCCCUCAUCACAGGCCUUGGACUCGUCUGUGACGGCCCCAGCAGAAGUUUCAGACCCGGCAGCACCCCCAUCACCUCCUCUACCCACAGACCAGCCCUGGGCCCACCCUGCCACAUCUACCCCCUCUAGAGAAUUGUCCCUCACCCUCUCCUUUUCAUCCCCACCUUCCCCCAUGGGCCUUCCCAACCAUCUUGAAAGCCUGAUCAAAUCAGGGAUUAAGAUGGUUCCCCUCACCCCUAAUAUAGCAAGGUCAAGACUUCUAUCACCAACUAUGCUGAACUCUUCCCCGUAUAAAACUGUGCCCCUCAAGUCACACAGGAGCUUCAACUCUCCUGCUUCACAAACUAAAGCUCCCCCAGCUCCUCCCUCUCGGUUUUCAUCUGGUCCAUCACCCAAACUUCCCCCUGCUCGUCCUCCCCUGCCUGCCCCCAGAGCUGGUAUCCCUAAGAGCUAGGAUGCACAGGGCCUCUGCUGUCCCAGGACUUACAGCCAUGAUAAAGGUAAUAUCAAGCUGGGGCCCUGUGAGACAAUAUUCUCCCCUAGUGCUAUAUCUACAGCCACACCACAUAGACCAGAUUACAGAAGGACAGUUAGACUGUCCAAUCAGAGAAAUUUAAUCCAUAUCCCUUGUAAGAAGAUAAUGUCCAGUCCUACUGAAACUAAUCUGAAACUUGCUGUGCUUAAUGUCAGAUCCUUGUCUAACAAAUCAUUUUUAAUUAAUAAUUUGAUCUCUUCGUAUAAUCUUGAUUUUAUGUUUUUAACUGAAACAUGGCUUGACAAAAACACAGGUAAUGCUGUUCUAACGGAAUCAGCUCCACCCAACUACAAAUUUGAAUCUGAAACACGAGAAAACAAAAAGGGUGGAGGUGUCUGUGCAAUAUUUAGAGAUCAUAUGGUUAUGCACAGGUUGUCAUUUGGGGUGUUUUCAUCAUUUGAGUAUGUAUCCUUUAAAAUGGAGCUAAAACAAUCUCCGUCCAUACUCUAUGUAGUUAUAUACAAGCCUCCCCAGCACCGUCAAAGUUUUAUUGAUGAUUUUACCAGGAUGCUUUCAAUUGUAUGCACAGACUUUGAUGGUUUGGUCAUUACAGGUGAUUUUAAUGUACAUGUGGAUAAUGUCUGUGACAGAAAUGCUAAAGAGCUCAGUGCUGUCCUUGAAACCUUUGGCCUGACUCAGCAUGUGUGUGAGCCCACCCACAGCAGAGCGCAGCACACUCUGGACCUGCUCAUUACAAAGGGGGUUAAUAUUUCAAACGUCAAUGUGGUUGAUGUUGCUCUGUCUGAUCAUUUCUGUGUCUUCUUUGACCUGUCUGUUUCUCCCAAACCACCGGCUGGUCCUGCAGUUGUUCGGAGGAGACACAUAAAUAACAGCACAGGUGCUCUGUUCAUGGAAAUGAUAAACUUUGAAAAUGCCUCAUGUUCUAAUGUUGAUGAUUUGUUGAACUCUGUUACUUCGAGUGUUUUGAAUGUUCUGGACACCAUUGCCCCUGUGAAGGUUAAAAUGGUUAAAAAUAAGCAGAAGGCGCCAUGGAGGAAUGACGACUCGGUCAGGGCACAGAAAAGGGAGUGCCGGAGGGCCGAGCGGAAAUGGCGCAAGUCAAAGCUUCAUGUUCAUUAUGAAAUUUAUAAAGAAAAGUUGUACGUGUUCAACCAGAUCUUACGUAGAACAAGGGAGAGGUACUUU